AGAAUGGCAGAAAUGAAGGAGUCUUGGACAUCUCUGGCCUCCCUUCUGGGCAUCCUGGCCUUCUGCCAGAGCCUCAUCCAGGUGGUGAUCCCGCGGGAGCUCCAGCUCGCCUCCCUCAAGUUCCUACUCCGGGCCCUCGGCUGCUUCUCCUCCUACUGCUACUUCGACAUCACCGAGAUGGACGGCGUCAACACCAACGGGCUCUACAACGACGUCCAGCUCUACCUCUGCUCCUUCGUCUGCAGCUCCGCCAGCCGCCUCUCCCUCAGUCGCGCCCUCAACUCCAGCGCCACCAUUUUCGGCCUCUCCAACAACGACGUUUUUGACGGCGUUGCCGUCCAGUGGGAGCACGUGGUGAUGCAACGCCAGUCCCGGACCUUCUCGUGGCGUCCCCUCCCCGAUGAGAAGCGUGGCUUCACGCUCCGGAUCAGGAAGCGGGACAAGGAACUCAUCCUCGACUCCUACCUGAACGACAUCAAGGACAAGGCCAACGACAUCCGCCGCAACAACCAAGAACGCCUCAUUUAUACUAAUUCGCACAGCGGUUCCCGGGGUCACCCAUGGGUAUCGGUGCCGUUCAAGCACCCGAGCACUUUCGACACGUUGGCCAUGGACCCGGAGAGGAAGAGGGACAUCAUGGAGGACCUCUGCGACUUCGCAGCCGGGCAGGACUUCUACCGGCGGACAGGCCGGGCCUGGAAGCGGGGCUACCUGCUCUAUGGCCCACCUGGUACGGGGAAAUCGAGCAUGAUCGCCGCCAUGGCCAAUUUACUCGACUAUGACAUCUACGACCUGUUGGCCACGAAAAUGGCACGCCCAGGAUCACCGUAA